AUGUCCGACCCCCAACCCCCUGGCAUCGACCCCAAGCUCGCGGCCAAGCGCACUCGUGUUGAAGACGGAGACCACAACGACGGUGACCCCGCCGCCUCUUCUUCGCCCAAGCCUGACAAGAAGUCGCGUCGCGAGGAGCCAGCCUGGAGCACGGACACCACCAUGGGCGAGCCUAGCAAUGGCCAGGAAACCAUUCAGUCGCGCCUGGCGCAGCUCGUCAAGAUGUCCGAGGCGACCGCAGCCAAGGCCAACGGCACCAAGCCCGGCCCCCCUCCAACCCUUUCGCACAGCGGCGACGAUCAACUUGACCACCUCGACGACUCGGAACUCCCGCCCUUGACCUUGGCCGAAUCCAACCAGGUCGUUGCGGAACUGUGCGAAGUCGUGCUCGCCAAGCUUCAAGUCCAGCGCCAGGAACUCGGGGCUCGUGGGAGUGCGGUUCUCCUCAAGCAGAUCGAGGUCGCCAAGGCGCGCCGCGAGGCUGAAGAGGCCCAGGACAGGGCUGACGCGCUCAAGACCACGACCCUGUCGGCCAAAGUGGAGCUCCUGCGCAGGGCGAAACUGGCCCUCCCGGACAAGGACUUCAAGGCCAUCGACGCGGCGAUCAUGGGCGAGCUCAACCAGUUCUUCCUCAAGAAGUAG